UUUCCAGAGCAGCGCCGGUGCCGCUCAGCCUGCUGCAGCCGCGGGAGGCUACUUCCGUUCCGCAGAGGGCGACAGGCAGCAGCCAGCCUCGACGGUGGCGGAGGUCCAGACACAAUAGAGCGGGUCGCGGCUCUUCUCCAGUCCAAACCGGUAUGUCGGAUGAGGAUUCCCGUGCCAGCACCAGCUCUUCUUCCUCGCCACCUUCCUCCAGCCAAACCCGACAGAGAGACACCGCCUGCAAGAAGAAACGGGAGAGCAAAACCAGCAUGAGCAAGACCUCCAAGCUGCUUUCCACCAGCGCCAAAAGGAUUCAGAAAGAGCUGGCUGACAUCACUCUGGACCCUCCGCCAAACUGCAGCGCCGGCCCCAAAGGAGACAACAUUUAUGAGUGGAGGUCCACCAUCCUGGGACCGCCGGGCUCCGUGUACGAGGGGGGCGUGUUCUUCCUGGACAUCGCCUUCACGCCCGACUACCCCUUCAAACCCCCCAAGGUGACGUUCCGUACGAGGAUCUAUCACUGCAACAUCAACAGUCAGGGGGUGAUCUGUCUGGACAUCCUGAAGGACAACUGGAGCCCGGCCCUCACCAUCUCCAAGGUCCUGCUGUCCAUCUGCUCCCUGCUCACAGACUGUAACCCAGCCGACCCGCUGGUGGGCAGCAUCGCCACCCAGUACACGACCAACAGAGCCGAACAUGACCGAACAGCCAAACAGUGGACGAAACGAUACGCCACCUGAACCCACAGGACGCCGGCGGGGCCAGGAGGAGGAAGAGGAGGAGGAGGAAGGCCGGGGCGUCGGGGUUAUUUCUAUCUCAGAUUUUUAGAACUUUAUUGUCUGGUUUGUUUUUGUCCUCGCUGAUUAAGUUAUCUCCACAAUUAUGGUAAUAAAGGAACAAAAUGAA